AUGACAGAUGCCGAACGCGCGGUAACACGAAGUGUGCUUGAGCGUAAAAAGCGCCUAAGAGACAGAUCUUUUUCUGCACCACGGCCUCAACAGCCUGUUAAAAAGCUUCGUGCUGAUCAUCCACUAACAAACACAGUCAUCUGUGCUUGUUUACUCGGGGUUCCCCUUGUAUUCGCAGCUAAGAAGGGUAAAUUGAACGACGCUUUUGAUGAAAAUAAAGUCUGGGUCCUCGCCGUUUCUGUUGUUGGUCUCAUUAUAGGCCAAACCUUUGAGGCAGUACUUUUGCCUUUGCUACUUUCAUGUGUUUUCCACCCAGCGUCCAUGGGACUAACUACGCAAGCGGCUGCAUCUCUGCCGCUUAUAGGAGGUUAUUGGCAGCAAAUCAACAUUGUUCACCAUUUCUCAGGGGGACUGAUUCCAGCAUUGCCGAUACACCUACUUUUAACUGGCAUUUUACGGUAUAUUGCCAAAACUUCUUUGACCGGCACGGAGUGUACUCUGAUAGCCGGUGGACUAUGCUGCUUACUGCUGGACUUUGGAAACAAGCUGUACCAGGCUGUACUUAUUUGUGGGCUUUUACCGUUUGGUGCUACAGCAGUGUACUUGCGUCGCUAUAUCAGCAUUCUAAUGAAAAGACGCCCGGAUAAUGACAAACAGUUGAUGAACCGAUUGGCCAUCAACUGCUACGUUGCUUAUUUAUCGAGUGCUUCAGUGUUGUUUUUCUAUUAUUUAUACCAUACUGGUCGGUUCGUCGAGUUUUUCAGUCUCAUUGGUCAGGGUGCUCCGGCGUUAGGAUGGUGGGUCUUGUGCUUCUCGGUCGCCCUCUUGGUUGCAGCCUAUAUGCUCAAAGGAACCAGUACAAUGCUAGACUCGCGCCGAAAAUUGUGGCAUGUUACUGUGGUCUUUAUGUUCUGGAAUAAUAGUCGCUCUAAUGUUGCUCCGGUCGCUCUAGCUGUUGCAAUUGUGCUAUUUCUGGUCUGUGAAGCGAUGAGGGCCGCAGCUUUGCCUCCGUUCGGGAAAUUCCUACACGAAGCACUCCGAUCGUUUGUCGAUCACAGGGAUACAUGUGGCCCUCUCGUCAUCAGCCACAUUUAUCUCCUAACCGGAAUCGCUUGGCCAAUAUUUAUUGCUGGCGAUUCGUUGGCUUGUUCAAGAGCGGGACUCAUUUGCCUCGGCUUGGGGGACACACUAGCAUCUCAGAUUGGUAAAAGAUAUGGCCGCCUGCGGUUGUUUGGCCACAAGUCGCUCGAAGGCACAAUCGGCUUCUUUCUAGUUGCCGCGGUAGGCCUAAAAUUAUCGCAGGUGCCUAACAAGCCCGCUAUCUUGGUUGCUUUUGCAACAGCGCUCUUGGAAGCAACUAGUGUUAUCAAUGACAAUCUUGUGCUCCCAUCGUAUAUGGUAGCCAUAUUGAAACUGCUCGACGCUUAG